AUGCAAAUCGAGAUUUUCAAGUAUACAGACCACCAAGGACAGGGCCAUGACAUGCGUCUGUCUUUACGUGAACUGCAUGAAGAAAGCCAGGAAAAUGAAGCGACAUGGGAGUUUUCAAACAGACGUCUGUUAACACAGAGCGCAUCUUUCGGAUGGAGGGGUAUCCUGCAUCUGCCACCCACUUCUGUUAUCCAAGUUCAUUGUGGCCGUCAGCUUUGGUACCUCUUUCAGCAUCGCAUUAAAAAGUGUGACAAGUUGAUACAUGCGUACCAUGACUGGGAUUCUGACUUUGUUAAUGACCCAAAGCAAUGGAAAGCAGAAGUUGUUGUCCUCGAGCCCAGUAAUGUCCUUUUCAUUCAACCAGGCACUCUUCACACAGUAGUGACACUCAAAAAUUCCAUUGUCAGAGGACAACAUUUUUACACUACUACAACUUUGUCAAAAACCGUUUCGGGUUGGGUUGAUACUUAUAUACAUGGGGUCAAAAUCGAGAGAGUUCUGAUGGUUUCAGGCAUAGAAAAUGAUUCGUCCAAAUUCAAGGUCAAUACAGCUGAAGGGCUUCUCAAUAUAGUUGCACUCAGCAACUUGCUCCUCUCUCUUCCUGCCUUAGACAUUGUUGCUAUUUUUAAUGCUCAUAAACCAGAUGCAUAUGGGCCACUCAGCGAGGGGAGACAGGCAUAUUUUGACAUAAUAUAUCAUCUUCAGGAGCAGAAAGCACAGGGUUGGUGGAAGGUGUACUUGAAAGCCUUCAAACAGCCCACUUUCUUCAUCUGGACAAGGGCCUGUCCACUUGAUGAAUGGGCAGUGAUGGUGGUGAAAGAAAGAGUUGCUGAAGUCAUGCAAUCUCCAGACUGA